GGCGGCCGGCAGGAGCGGCGGCGCCGCCGCGGCGAUGACUUUUCUGGAAGCUUUGUCUAGAUCAGAGUCUAAGAGUGAUGGAGGUUUUAAAAAUAAUUGGAGCUUUGAUCAUGGAGAAGAAAGUGAAGGAGAUACAGAAAAAGAUGAGGCAAAUCUGCUCAGCGUAGAUCAAGAUGAGGAUUCUGACUCUUCAAAAGGAGAAAAGCUGAGUUGUCAAUCUGAAAUUGUUUCUACGAGUCCUGAUAUUCCCUGGAAGACAUGUGCAAGACGAAACAGGGCUGAGUGUACAAAAUCUUUGAAAGGCAACUCAAUUGGACUUAACAUGUUGAACAACAAUAAGAAAUUAAGUGAAAACACACAAAAUGCAUCGUUAUAUUCUGGAACUGUAGUUCAUGGUAGACGUUUUCAACAUGCUAAUGCACAGACAGUAAAAACAGCAGCCCAAAGCACUGUGGACCAAAAGGAAAGGAAAGAAUAUCCACCUCAUUUUCAGAAAUUUGGAAAUAAUCUUGUAAGGUUAAAUCGAUCACCAGGACUUGAUCGUAUAAUGAAAAAAACAGAAGAAUCUGAUUCACACCUUGAGUCUGAACUUAAAAGAAAAGCAACACAAAAACGUCGGAAUCAUUCUGUGCCUGCUAACGUGUUUUCAUCUUCCAAAAAGAGUUUAACUGAUUUAGAGGACUUGCAAGGAAAUUGCAGACAAGCCAUAAGUUUGAAUGAAUCUUCUGGACCAUUGUUGAGAGCAUCAAUUCAUCAAAAUUGUGGAGGACAGAAGUCACAUAACACAGGAUUACUACCCAGGAAGUUUUAUGGCAACAGUGUGGGAAAGGUUCCACUUGAUAUCAUUGUGAAUUGUGAUGAUGGUAGACAAAAUUAUUUACAGUCUAAUGGAAAAGUACUUUUACCUAGGUCAAAACUAGCCAAAAUCACUAACUUGAAGGAAAAGAAAAGAAGCCUAUCAGAUCUGAAUGAUCCGAUCAUUUUAUCCAGUGAUGAUGAGGAUGACAAUGACAGGACUAACAGAAGAGAGAGCAUAUCUCCUCAACCUGCUGAUUCAGCAUGUUCUUCCCCAGCACCAUCCACUGGAAAAGUAGAAGCAGCACUAAAUGAAAAUACCUGUAGAGUAGAGCAUGAAUUAAGAAGUUUUCCAGCAGAUUCAGAAUUAAGUACAGUUACAUUGCCAAGAAAAGCAAGAAUGAAAGACCAGUUUGGUAAUUCUGUUAUCACUACACCUCUUAAACGUCGCAAAGUGAUUUCUCAAGAACCUACACUUGAUCCUGUAUCUUUAAGCUGCCAAAGUUCUUUUGAAAGUGUAAUUUUGAACUGUCGAAGUAUCCGAGUCGGAACACUUUUCAGACUAUUAAUAGAGCCUGUAAUUCUUUGUUUAGAUUUUAUCAAGAUACAGCUAGAAGAACCAGAAAAUGAUCCUGUAGGGAUUACUUUAAAUACCUCUGAUCUAACUAAAUGUGAAUGGUGUAAUGUUCGAAAAUUACCAGUAGUGUUUCUUCGGACAGUACCAGCAGUUUAUCAGAAGCUGAGCAUGCAGCUACAAAUGAAUAUGGAGGAUAAAGUUUGGAAUGAUUAUAAAGGAAUAAAUAAAUUAACAAAUUUGGAAGAACAAUAUAUAAUUUUAAUUUUUCACAAUGGCCUUGAUCCUCAGGCAAAUACAAUAUUUGAAAAUAUCAUUAAUGGCAUUGGAAUAAAGAAUAACGUGUCUAAUUUUUUUGCAAAAAUCCCCUUUGAAGAAGCUAACAGCAGACUUGUUGCUUGUACGAGAACUUAUGAAGAGAGCAUCAAAGGAAAUUGUGUGCAAAAAGAAAGCAAAAUAAAAAAUGUGCCCCUUGAAUCUAAAAUGCAGUUGAAAAGUAAAAAAGAAUUUCAGUUUUUUGAUGAUGAUGAUGAAGAUAUUGGAGAGAACCAUACCAUCUUCAUUGGCCCCAUAGAAAAGUUGAUUGUAUACCCACCACCUCCAGCUAAGGGAGGCAUCUCUGUUACUAAUGAGGACCUGCACUGUCUAAAUGAGGGAGAGUUUUUAAAUGAUGUUAUUAUAGACUUUUAUUUGAAAUAUUUAGUGCUUGAAAAACUGAAGAAAGAAGAAGCUGAUCGAAUUCAUAUAUUCAGUUCUUUUUUCUAUAAACGCCUUAAUCAAAGAGAAAGGAGAAAUCUUCAUGAAACAAGUAAUCUAUCGAUACAGCAAAAGCGACAUAGGAGAGUAAAAACAUGGACACGACAUGUAGAUAUUUUUGAGAAGGAUUUUAUUUUUGUACCCCUUAAUGAAGCUGCACACUGGUUUUUGGCUGUUGUUUGUUUUCCUGGUUUGGAAAAACCAAAGUAUGAACCUAAUCCUCAUUACCAUGAAAAUGCAGUCUUGCAAAAGUGUUCAACUGUAGAGGACGGUUGUAUUUCUUCUUCAGCCAGUGAAAUGGACAGUUGUUCACAAAACUCUCCUACUAAACCUGUAAUUAAGAAGAUGCAAAACAGAAAACAUUGCAUAGCUGUAAUUAAUUCAAAUGCUGAACAAGAAGAAAGUUACACUCCUUAUCAAAGAAGCAUAUGCAGUGUGAAAUGCAGUCUGAAAAAAAUAAAUCAUACUGCAAAUGAAAAUGAGGAAAUGAAUAAAGGAGAAUCUACAUGCCAGAAAUUUGUUGAUGGGACUAAAAAUGAGAAUGGCCUACAGAAUGAAUAUUUAAGUUCUAUGCACCAUACAGAUGGCUUAAGCAAAAUCAGACUAAACUACAGUGAUGAAUCAGCUGAAGGUAGUAAAAUGCUUGAAGAGGAACUCAUUGACUUCUCAGAAGAUCAGGAUAAUCAGGAUGAUAGCAGUGAUGAUGGAUUCCUUGCGGAUGACAACUGUAAUUCAGAAAUAGGGCAGUGGCAUUUAAAGCCUAACAUUUGUAAACAACCUUGUAUCCUACUGAUGGAUUCACUCAGAGGCCCUUCUCGGUCAAAUGUUGUAAAAAUUCUAAGAGAGUAUUUAGAAGUGGAAUGGGAAGUUAAAAAAGGAAGCAAAAGAAGUUUUUCCAAAGAUUUUAUGAAAGGCUCUAAUCCAAAAGUACCUCAGCAGAACAACUUCAGUGACUGUGGUGUUUAUGUAUUGCAGUAUGUAGAAAGCUUUUUUGAGAAUCCAAUUUUGAAUUUUGAAAUACCUAUGAACUUGACAAACUGGUUUCCUCCCCCAAGAAUGAAAACAAAAAGAGAAGAAAUUCGAAACAUAAUUCUGAAGUUGCAGGAAUGUCAGAGCAAAGAGAAGAAACAACCUAAAGAUAUUCAUUCAACAGAAACAUCUUUAGAUGAAAGAACAUAUCAGUGUGUCAACAAUAUUUCAGAUUGAUCUUUCUGAUGCUCUUCAGUAUUGCCUUCAGAACAGUGACUUUCAAUUUGGUUAUAGAUAGUAAAGAACUGAAGUGCUCACUAUUCAGUGAUUUAAAAAUGUUAAUGCUGUAUAAAUGUCAUAUAAUUAAUUUUCAAUGGAGUAUGUAUUAAGUAAAAAUUUGUAAAUAUGUUAAUGAGGCCAAUUUUUCCAGCAUUUAUAAUUAUUUUUUUCACUUGUUAGGAAGUUUUUGUUUUGUAUUUUCUGUUAAUAGUUCUUAAAAUUGCAAACUUCUAAAUACAAAAUAAAAAGAAAAUAUUUAUAGGAGGAAAUGAUUAAUUUGAUAUUCUUUAGUGCUUCUGUAUCAAAUCCCUGUUGGGUGUGUUACAUAUUUCAUGGAAAUCUUUUAUUAUAUAUGAUGGUCUUGUCUUUUACAUUUGUUAUGAUAUAAAAAUGAGAUUAAAUCUAAGGUAUUUUUAAGGAGAAAAACAUCUUAAUAUGCUUACAUGGAUAGAUUUAACACCUUUUAAAUUUUACAUUUCAUCAUGUUGCAAGAACCUCAAAAUUUAUAAAUACUUAUAGUCUUACAACAAAGUUAUCUAAGAAGAAACAGUAUUAUGAACAAUUCAAAGAAAAAAUAGACUUGAAUUAUACUACUAAAUUUAUUUAUACAUUGUCAGUACAUUCUGAAGACAUCUAAAACUCAGGUUUAAACUAUUCUGGUUAAUGCAGCUUGAACUCCAAAUACCCUAUGUUAAUUCUAUAUUAUAUCUUAAAAGUAUGCUAUAAUCUGUGUGAUAGAUAAUUAAUUGGUUAGCAACUUUAAUUUGUGAACACAGAAAUUUAAAUACAAAAUUUGCCCUUUA